AUGGCGGAGUGUAUAUUGGAACAGCUCAAAUCCCAGCACACGUGGCUUUUUCCGCUACUAGCACUCGGGUUUUUAUCGCUAUUCAAAUGUUCAUUCACCAUUCUGAAUUGGGUCUACGUGAAUUUUCUCCGACCCGGAAAGGAUCUCAAGAAAUACGGAUCUUGGGCUCUGGUCACCGGCCCUACAGACGGCAUAGGCAAAGCCUUUGCUUUUCAGUUGGCCCGGAAGGGGCUGAACCUGGUUCUUGUGGGUCGGAACCCGGAUAAGCUCCGGGAAGUUUCGGACUCAAUCAAGUCCAAACGCGAGGCGACCCAGAUCAAGUCUGUGGUGGUUGAUUUUUCGGGUGAUUUGAAUGAUGGAGUAGGAAGAAUUAAAGAGACAAUUCAAGGACUGGAUAUUGGGAUUUUAAUCAAUAAUGUUGGGGUUUCUUAUCCUUAUGCAAGGUUUUUCCAUGAAGUAGAUGAAAAAUUGUUAAAUGAUUUGAUUAAGGUUAAUGUUGAGGGCACUACAAAGGUUACUCAAGCUGUUUUACCCGGAAUGUUGGAGAGGAAAAGGGGGGCUAUUGUUAAUAUAGGGUCUGGUGCUGCCAUGGUUAUCCCUUCUGAUCCUCUUUAUGCUGUUUAUGCUGCCACCAAAGCAUAUAUUGAUCAGUUCUCAAGAUGCCUAUAUGUGGAGUACAAGAAAAGCGGGAUUGAUGUGCAGUGUCAGGUCCCCUUGUACGUGGCAACAAAAAUGGCAUCCAUCAAACGUUCCUCCUUCUUCGUACCAUCGACAGAUGGUUAUGCUCGGGCCGCCCUUCGUUGGAUAGGCUAUGAAUCACGAUGCACACCGUACUGGCCCCACUCUCUUCUCUGGGGUUUGCUAUAUUCCUUGCCAGAGUCUAUUGUUGAUGCUUGGCGUCUGAAGUUCUGCCUUGGGAUUAGGAAGAGGGGACAACUCAAGGACUCGAGGAAGAAGGAAUAG